AUGGAACAAAAAAUUAGGAUAAUAUUAUUUAUUAAAAUUUAUGUAUUUGUCCUUUUAAUAUGGAUAUGUCGUCUUAACAAUGAUGUAAAUAAGAUUAAUACAAUUUUGAUUGAAAACUACGACUUUUUUAUAAAAUUAAAUACAAGAAAUUAUAGAUUACUAGCAAAAUGUAAAUAUGGUAUGGAUUCAAAUAUUGUAGAGUUAAAAAGUGGUAUAUCUAAUAGUGAAAGAGUUUCUAUAGGAAAAAAUAAGCCAACUAAUAGAAAUUUAUUGAAUAAGGCGAAAUACUAUACAGAAUUUAUUGAUUGUAAUAAUGGAAUGUUUGAUGGAAAAUAUUUCCAUUAUGAAAAGAAAUGGAUAAAAAAAAAGGAUUAUGAUGAUUUUAUUGAACAAAAUAGGAGAGUUCGUGAUAUAGCUUUAAAAAAAAUAAAAUUUAGAAAUUACGGAGUUGUAGUUGCGUUAUUUUUCCUUUUUUUGUUGUUGGGAAUAGGAUUACCCAUAUUACAAGGACAGGGAUAUUUGAAAACUGCAGGUAAUUUUCUGAAAACUCAUUUAGGUUUGGACAGUGCGUGGAAUGUUGUAGAAGGAUGUUUAGGUAAAGCAAAAUAUCAUUUUUUUCUAAUAUCAUUUGUCAUAUUAAUUAUUAUAUUAGCUGUCAUUAUAGUAAUAACUAUUCCUAAGAUCUUAAAAAAUAAUGAAAAAUAUAAAAAAAUUAAGGUGAUGACUGAAUAA